AUGACGCCUCUAGGCUCUAUGGCCCUGAAUGGGUCUUCGCCUAAGAAGGUUGCCUACUUCUACGAUUCCGACAUCGCCAACCAUGCCUAUCCCACAGGCCACCCCAUGAAGCCGCAUCGCAUUCGACUGGCACAUAGUCUUGUCAUGCACUACGACCUCUUCAAAAAGAUGGAAAUAUACCGCGCCAAACCUGCGACCCGCGGCGAAAUGACCCAAUUCCACACAGACGAAUACAUCGACUUCCUCCAGAAGGUGACUCCCGAUAACAUGGACGCCUACCAGAAGGAGCAGACAAAGUUCAACGUCGGCGACGAUUGCCCCGUCUUCGACGGCCUGUUCGAGUUCUGCGGCAUCAGCGCCGGCGGUAGUAUGGAGGGUGCCGCGCGUCUCAACCGCCAGAAAUGCGACAUUGCCGUGAACUGGGCUGGCGGUCUGCACCACGCCAAGAAGAGCGAAGCCAGCGGCUUCUGUUACGUGAAUGACAUCGUACUGGGCAUCCUCGAGCUUCUACGGUUCAUGAAGCGCGUCCUUUACAUCGACAUCGAUGUCCACCACGGCGAUGGCGUCGAGGAGGCCUUCUACACCACCGACCGUGUCAUGACCGUCUCCUUCCACAAGUACGGCGAGUACUUCCCCGGCACCGGCGAGCUGCGCGACGUCGGCAUUGGCUCGGGCAAACACUACGCUGUCAACUUUCCCCUCCGCGACGGCAUCAACGACACCUCCUACAAGUCCAUCUUCGAGCCCGUCAUCGAACACGUCAUGAAGUUCUACCAGCCCGAGGCCGUCGUCCUCCAGUGCGGCGGCGACAGUCUGUCCGGCGAUCGACUGGGCUGCUUCAACCUGAGCAUGGAAGGCCACGCCAAUUGCGUCGAAUACGUGAAGAGCUUCGGCCUUCCGACCAUGGUUCUCGGCGGCGGUGGCUACACCAUGCGCAACGUCGCUCGUACGUGGGCCUUCGAGACGGGCUGUUUAGUCGGCCAGAGACUCCCCAGGGAGUUGCCCUAUAACGAAUAUUACGAGUACUACGCUCCCGACUUCGAACUGGACGUGCGCUCGUCGAAUAUGGAGAAUUCGAACAGCGUCGAGUACCUCGACAAGAUCAAAGCUGCCGUGAUUGACAACCUCCGUCACACAUGCCCUGUUCCGUCCGUACAGAUGCAGGACGUCCCCCGCCACCCCAUUGGUGGCAUGACCGAUGAGGAAGAAGCCGAACUGAACGACCUCGACGAGGACGAGAACCCAGACGCCCGGAUGACGCAGCACCGCUGGGACCAGCGCAUCCGCAACGAGGCCGAGUUUGAAGACAGCGACGAUGAGGACAUGGAUGCCGCCAAUGGCAUGACCAAACCGCGCGCUGCUAAGAAGCGCACUUUCACCGACUACCGCAAGACCGAGGCCGAGGUCGAGGCCGAGGCCAAGCGCAAUAAGACGCCUGUCAACGGCGGUGCGGCGACGGAGGAGACCACCGCUGAGGCCGAAGAGGACCCAGAUGUCACCAUUGAUAAGCCUGUCGACGGCGAUGAAUUCACCGAGAAGCCGGCCGCCGAGGCCGAGGUCCAGGCCGAGACGGAAACCGAGAAACAACCCGAAAAGGAGGCUGAAGUGGUGGAGGACGUUGAUAUGGAGAAGGCCAGUGAGGUGGUCGCUGACAGCAAUACGGAGAAGGUGUCCGAGAAAGAGACCGAGAAGGACCGGGAGGAGCCCCAAAAGGAAGCACGGAAAGAGGCAGAGGUGCCAAAGGAGGCGGAAACCCCGAAAGAGGAAGAAGAUGGCGCGGUCGAUCGCGACGGCGAUGUGAACAUGGGCGACGACACGGCCCCGGCCGCCGACGAGCCUGCUACUACCAUCGAGGAGGAAGAAGUGGAGCCAGAACCGGCCACCAGCACUCCGGCCGAUCAACCUAUGGAUACGUCCAAGCCAGCCUCCGGCAACGCUUCACCCGAGAAAGAGGCUGACCCAGCCCCGGAACCCCCCCGGGCGAAAGAGGACGGCCAGAAGGCCAAGCCGGCUGCGGAGGAGACAGCGACGAAGCCGGACGGAGACGCCAAGCGGCGGCCUGACGAAUCGGCUGAUAAGAUGGACAUUGAUAGCAAACCUGCCGAAGCGUCUGGCGAGAAGAAGAGCGUCUAG